GUAGUUGAAAGUGACGUAGAGGGCGCUUUUUAUUAUUUACUGUUGAAAAUGGUGUUUUGGGUGGUUGUUUGUAUGAAAUAAAGAUAUCGGGUGGUUUGUUGAGGGUUUGUAUUGUUUUGGUUUUGUUUUUUGUGUUUGGUUUAUGUCUCCGACUUUUUUCGUUGCAUGUAAAUCCGGCCCACCCCAUCUGUCAUUCGUUGACGUUGACAUUUCAUCUGUCAUCGCUUAUCAAAAUAAUCGUAUUUGCUGCAUUUUUGGUGCAGUGUAUACUAAACCCGGCACAAACAUGCCACAAUAAUCAACGUCGAAUAAACAAGAAAACACUCAACAAUGCGUAAAUAGCAAGAACGGCCCCAACAAGACUGAUUCUCACCCCGCUACCACCAUGCCGGAAAACCUCGAACUCCAACAACUCGUCGACGAAGAGCCCGAUCAUGACGUCAAGCUCCACCCCCGGCGACUCAAAUUCUGCAAGUGCCCCUACUUGGGGCUCAUUCUCGCCACCUUGAGCUCGCUGUUCUUCUCUCUGUGUUCUGUGAUCGUCAAGUGGAUGACCGACGUGGACCCCAUGGCUCUCGCCGCUUAUCGGUACCUCGGGGUCCUCCUCCCAGCAAUACCCAUCGUGAUAUACCGCCAGGAGCCCGUGUUUCCGUCGGGGAAGCGCAUCAUGCUGCUGCUGCGCUCCUUCACAGGUACUGCGGCCCUCAUGCUCAGCUUCUACGCGUUCAGACACAUGCCUUUAGCGGACGCUUCAGUCAUCGUCUUCUCCGUGCCUGUAUUCACCGGGAUCUUCGCCCGGAUGUUCCUGAAGGAGCCCUGCGGCCUGUUCAACGCCUUCUCCGUCGUCCUCACGCUCAUCGGGGUCGUGCUCAUAACGCGCCCCCCCAGCCUCUUCGGCGCCACGGUCAACUCGCUGGGGGAGUCCGGCCAGAAGACGGAGAUCUGGGGGGCGGUGGCGGCGUUCUCGGCGACGCUGUUCGGGGCCAACGCCUACGUGCUGCUGAGGGCCCUCAAGGGCAUCCACUUCUCGGUGAUCAUGACGAAUUUCGGCUCGUUCGCGCUGUGCCAAUGCCUGCUGGUGACUUACUUGAUCGGGGCCCUGUGUCUGCCCCCCUGCGGCCUCGACAGGUACUUGAUCGUGGCGUUGGCGCUGUUCAGCUUCCUGGGGCAGAUCCUGCUCACGCUGGCGCUCCAGAUGGAGCAGGCGGGGCCCGUGGCGAUAGCCAGGAGCAGUGAUAUCGUGUUCGCUUUCGUGUGGCAGGUCCUGUUUUUCAACGAGAUACCGAACAGGUACUCGAUAGGGGGGGCGAUUCUGGUGAUGAGCUCGGUCAUGCUGACGGGGCUGCGGAAGUGGAUACUGGCGCUGCCUCCGGACGCUAGUCUGAGGAGGAGGAUGGCGCUUUUAGUUAAGUAGCUUUUUUAUCAAGGGGUGAAGGUUGGUUUGAUGUGAUAUUAUUGGUUACUUUAAGGAGUCGUAGCUGGGGCAUGAUUGUUGUUUUUUUUUUUUACAAAAAUUAUUUCGGGUUAAGUAUAUAUAGUAUGACCUUGGAAGACCCUACAGCCUGGGGGAUCCACUAUUUUAUAAUUUGUUGUUAUUUUUGGUUGUUUUCGUUUUAUAUGUUUUUUUGUUACGGGUACAUACAUACAUGACCGGUGAAGAAGAGGGGAAUCGUCGAAAAUUCCGCCAUGUAUUCAAUUAUAUCUCUUUGUACUUAAAUUUGAAAUACUUAAUUUUUUGGAGUUUGACUGUUUCUUGGCGUUUUUUUAUUAUUAUAGAAGGUGAACACCCUGUAUUUUAUUACUGUAUCUUACUCCGUUUUUUGUCCUCAUUCUUCUAACACGCCGAUGUGUCUCUGAAAAAAGUACAAAAUCGUAUCAACUUUAAAUAUAGAAAAUACUCAUCAAAAAAGAAAGAUAACAAAAAAUAGAAUAAGAUGCAGUAAUAAAAUAUAGGGUGUUCUAUUUGAAAAAACCGAAAUAUCGAUAUUUGAAAAUUGAAGAUUGAAGAUAGCUAUACUGGGUGAUUUAUUUUGUCAUUCUACGUUUAUUGUGAUGUAAGGGAUGAUAAUUUAUUAUUGGAGAUUUGCGUUUAGUCGUACAUAUUUAAAAAUUCACCGCUCCGCCAUUUUAAAAAUGGAGGUUUGAAAUUAUGUUUGUCAGGGCAAGGUAACUAAAAAGUUUUAUCAAAAUUUAAAUAUGGCGGAGUUGAAAAAUUUUAGCGUUUAAAUAUAACUGGUGAUCAAAAAGUUUUCAGAUUGGAGUUGGCCAUGGAAAUAUUUGUCAUGUCUUUGAUUGAACUGUAACAGUCGUGAAUAACCGCUUUUAUUGACAUGAAAGGUUAUGCAUGACUUUACAGUUUAAUCAAAGACAUGACAAAUAUUUCCAUGGCCAACUCUAACCUGAAAACUUUUUUACAAGUGAUCUAUUUAAAGAUUAUGACCAAAGUUUAAUUUUUGCAUAUGAAAUGAUAUUUACUUUUACGUAUUUUUAUAUUGUGUGUAUGGGGUUUUUGUAUUUUUUACAAGUCUAGUUCCAAAGUAAUUUUUUUUCUAAAACCAGGUUUGUUGACAAUAAUUAAAAAAAAAUGGUGGUGAGCUAGAAAAUACAGGACGUUUAAUUUGAAAAAUGCCAGACAAUUUAAUCACCCUGUAUAAAUUAUUUAAAAUAUUUUUCAUUUUUUAUGUUCCUGAGAUCAAGGUAACUAAAAAACUAUAUGGCGAAGUUGAAAAUUUUUAUCGUUUAAAUAUACAAGGUGUUCCGUUUAAAAAUUAUGACCAAAGUUCUAUUUUUUAUUACGAAGCAAUAUGUUAUCGUACUUUUAUAAAUUUAGGUCCUUUAUAAAGCGUUUUUUGGUUAACACUUCGCGAUGUUUGCGUUUUUAUGUCAAAACUUGUCAUUUUUAAAAAUUCAUAG